GCUCUUCACAUCUUUAGUACUGUUCUUCUCUUCUUCUAGUGAUCAUUAUUAUCAUCAUCUCUGUUUAAUUAUCAUGGUUUCCUCCAAGUCUCUGUUUGUUUUGACAACUCUCUUGGGAAUCAUUCUCAUUGUCUCUUUGGAAGUGGUUUCAGCUCGCGAGCUAGCUCAGCAAACUCAGGAAAAAGUGGACAAAACAAAAUAUGAAGAAGAGAAGAUAUAUGGAGGACCGGGGUUGUUCCCUGGUGGCUACUAUGGCUAUGGUUACCGACCAGGAAAUGGUUACUACAAUGGUUUUCGACCAGGCUAUAUUCCUGGUAACAGAUACUAUGGCGGUUACUAUAAUGGUUAUCCUUAUAUUCCUGGCUACGUUGGUCAUCCUUGAGUACUCUAUGACAAAACAUGAAGCUGAAGUUAACAUCGAUGUGUGUGGAUGUUUCCUUAUAAAGAUGGCUUAAUUAUAAAUGUGGAAAAUAUAUGUAAUAAUAUUGCAUGACUAAAUUGAAGCGUGUUUGUGUGUGUGUGUGUGUGUGUCUAUGCUUUUUAUAUAGCUGUCUCUUUGUAUAAUCAACGAGUUAUAAAUAAAAUUAUUGACCUGUGUUUGUGUGUA